GACCGUGAAGUGACUGUGAGCGGAUCUCCCUCUCGCGCGCUCUGAACACAGGCGCGCGCAUUCGGAGAACUGUGUUUGAUCUGUGACGCUCGUCCCACCGACUAUCACUGAAACCAGCAGCAAUUUAUCAGUUUAUCAUAAGAAAUGUAUUAAAACACAUGGAGGGACCGUUGCUGCCGGAUGUUGUGUAGGGAAUUUGAGAGGAAUAAUGCUGUGCUGUGUCAACAAGAAAUAGGUCAGGGAUGUUGGAGGAGGACAGUCAUGUGGUGAAGGAGAAAACAGAGGCACGGACAUCGGAAUGCCACAGGCUGUCUCAUUGCUGCCCUUCCUGCUGGCACUCAUGGGAUAUGCUUUUGCAGGGCUCAAUAUCUGGCCCUCCUUCCACGUUGCCCUUAGCAACGCCAGUGUAUUUGUGGACUUCAGCACAAAAUCCAACAGCACCUCCAUCCGCAACAUGAGCCUCGCUCUGGUCAACACAGAAACCAACACCACCCUUCUCACCAGGAUUCUCCCCAACAACCAACCGGCCGGUAGGGUGGAGUUCAACUGUUCUUGCUUCCUGUAUGCAGGAACUUUCCGGUUCCUGCUGAGGCAGACCAGCAUCUCUGUCGUUUCUCAUGAGAAUGGCACACAUGACAGCAGCGCAGAGAGCACUGCCUGGUGGUGGAGUUCAGAACUGCAGGUGCAGUGGCCCACCUUUCACAUCGCAGUAGACAGGGCCGCAAACCACUCAGGAUCUUUUCAGGUUGGGAUAUCCACUAAUGAACACUUUCAGGCUUGCUCCAGCGGCAUUGACUCGGCUCUCUUCCUGGAAGUGAGCUACAUGGAGUACAACCAGAUAGGACGAAACAGCAUUGACAAGGUCCAAGCACGCACACGACACCCCAUCAAACCCCUCCGUUCCCAGAGUGUUGAGCUGUCCUGUGCCUUCCCCUUCACAGAGAGAGACUUCAUACGAGUGGCUCUACGGUCUCCUCAUGCAGCGCAGGAUGUGAAGAGCUCUGGACCUCUCUACCUGUCCCGUAUCUUCUCCUAUAAGCUGCUGGUGGAAAACCCCAAUGCUUACAGGAGUGGCUGUGAAGGGACUAUGACUGUCAAACUAAUAACGCCACCUUGUGCUCACAUCAAUGGGAAAGUAUUGCUGUAUAAGGAUGCAGGUGGUGGGAGAGGGGUUGCCGUUUCCUCCAGCAUGGAAGCAGUUGGAACAGCACUUGUGGGGUUUGGACCAGAGGAGCCAUCGUCUCCGCUGUUGGCCUUUAACUGGCUGACUCAGGGAGAGAAUGAGACAGAAUUCAACUGUUCUGUGUUUUACCCAGGGAGGAAUAAGUACUGCUUUCGCUUUGUUUUCAACUUCAGUCGCUCUCCUAGUCCUGCACAAACCUGUUUGGUGGUUCACAAGCGUGCAGAGUCAUGGGGCCCUUGGCUGCCCUGGAGUGUGUGCAGUGCGAGCUGUGGAGAGGGCAUAAGGGAGCGAAUGCGUGAGUGUUUGCUGCCCUCAGGUGUGGGAGGGAUGCAGUGCACUGGCAUGGUGAAGGAGCAGUCACUCUGUUCACUGGAGGACUGUGUGGUGUUGCCUGCUCCUUCUCCAUCCCUCCCCACUGUAGCUGGCGUUGCGCCUCUAGGUGGUAACAUGGUCGUUGUAGCUGGCAUCUCCAUUUGCCUGGCUGUGAUUCUGGCUACAGUUGUGGUGACUUUGUGGAGAAAGCUUUGCAAGACCCCUCAGUGCAGCUCCGUCCGCAGAGGCUCCAUGCAUUCACCUGGCGGACGCAAGCUCUCUGAUGAGGCCUCCAUUUGUGGCCACAGCCUCCAAAGACCCAGUCUGUCUGAUGGCCAUGGUCCACUGGGGGGCAUGGGUGUAGGACAGAAAGACAGGCCUCCCUUGGGGAUUCAGCCUCUCUCACAGCCCCUGGUGAUACCUAUCUCACAAGACCCAGAGAGACUGUCCCCCACGGGUCAGAAGAUGUUGCCGCCAAUAUUUGGGUACAAACUGGCUCAGCAGCAGUUGAAAGAGAUGAAGAAGAAAGGUUUAAAGGAGGCCACACAGCUGUACCAUGUCUCUUCAAGCCCAGUCCAUGACACAGUGGUUGAGACAUCUGCUUCGCCCACAACUUCCCCCAUUCCUACACCAACUGGAUUCGCUCAUCCCACACUCCCUUUGGGCCUCCAGGACGACGCUAACCACAAUCAUUUUCGUAUUGCAGCUCCCUUUUCUGAGCAGUCGUUGCAGACUUCAAGGGUCACUUCGGACAGACGGAGUCCCAGGGUGGAGCUGGUCUUAGGUCCCUCUGCUCAUGCUAGUGGGGGGAGCUCGAAAUGGCGUGACCGCACUGCUGACUGGGUGGAAAUGGUGGAGAGGAGUGGGUUAUCAGGCCUCAGAGGAGCGGGAGAUGCAGGAAACUCGUUUCAUAAGAAUCCAAAUUUCCGUCGGACCUCCAGUUUUAAUGACACUAAACCUCAGCCUCUAUCUUCUGCACACUCCAGAGUGUUCAGAGAAAGGAGCAUGACCCAGGUGGGAUCUCGGACCCUUCCUGAAGGAAGUUGUUGGACUAAAGGAGGACGGGAGAGGCAGCCAUACAGCUCUUACCCCAUUCCAGAGCACGGGGCCCCAGAGUGGACUAAAUCCAGACCCCAGAGAAAUGACCAGAGGAAGCCCUGCGUAGAGACAGCUGCUCCUUCUCACAACCAUGAGCUCAAACACACAGGAACCAACACAAACAGCAUAUCAGCAGACCUCGGUGGCACUGGGGAAAGACAAAGGAGUUGUGAGAUUAGAGGUGGAGAGGGAAUCUCAGGGAUCGGGGGGCCAGUUGCAGGGCCCGCCAGUCUGAGUGUUGAUCGGGCCGAGCGCGCUGAGCAGAACUGGAACCGACGCGGCCCAUCGCCUAUCCAGAGGAACAUCCUAGCACGAAAAUUAAAGGAGGCUCAGUCGUACUCUGGGGUCAAAGGGCGGCAGCGCAGCUCCACCUUUAGUGUACCGCCAUCGGAGCAGAGGAAGGGUCGCUGCCACUCUCUGCCAAUGUCUGGCUACAGCAGCAGUGGCGGCUCACCCUACAAACUGAGUGAGGCAGAGCAGAGGAUGUUGGACCUAGAUCUGUCCUCAGCAUAUUUAGGGGAGGAGGAGUAGAGGUUUGUAGCACUGGUCCAGGGAGGAAUUGUCAUUGCUAUUUACAUUUUUUCCUAACCUAAAUCCUUUCUGCUAUAGCUGUGAUUUAAUCUUAAAGGGACAGUUAACCCCAAAAUCAAAAUACAUUUUUUUUUUCUCUCACCUGUAUUUCUAUUUAUCAGUCAAGAUUGUGUGUGAGUUGCUGAGUGUUGGAGAUAAUGGACAUACAGAUAAAUGCCCUCUUUCAAAUCUAAUGGAACUAGAUGUCACUCCGCUUGUGGUGCUCAAAACGCCCAAAAGUACAAUUAAAAUAACAGCAGCAAUGUCUCUUUGCCAGUAAUCAUUACGUGAUUGCUCAAGAUAAUCCACAAACAUUGUUAUGAGCAUUUCCAUACAACAGCUUUUUUUUUUUAGCACCACAAUACGAGUUCCAUCUAGUUCCAUUAUAUUUAUGAGAAGACACACAUCUCUACUGUCGAUAUCUCCAACACUUGGCUACUCACACCAAAACAAUCUAGACUAACAAACAGCACUACAGGUCAGAGGAGAAAUAUGUGUUUUUGAUUUGGAGUCCAUUAAACACAGACAUAUAUCAGUGAACAUGGCAUGUAUUCUGGGCCCAGUUGUUCAGAGAAUUUAAUCUAGAUCAAAAUGACCCACAUUUGGGUAUCUAAUAUUUUGCUAUCCAGGAUCAGUUAAUUCAUCUGACUGUUGUACCAUUUUUGCAAAGCAUUGUUGGUUUUUUUAUUUUUGAU